UUACAAACACGCUGCUUCUGCUUUAUUUGUUUACUUUCUUCAUAAUGCCCUCCAAGUACGGUGAUUGUCCUUGCCAACACCAAUACUCAGGCGCAAGUUUGAUCGAUAAGCCGAAAAUAUUGCAAUUUCUCAGUGCCACAUAAAUGUUGCAACGAAUCGGUUUCACAACAUUCUCACAUAAUAAUGCCCAAUUUGGAGGCACCCAUUGGCUACGAUGAAUCUUCACCGGAGAAUUCCUACUCUGCCGAGGCAGCUGCUGAUGUGCCCACAGUGGGCGCACCCAUGCAGCCGCUGCCAGCUGGCGCUGUAGAAAUACGUGUACAGCCACCGGGCCAGCAACCAACGCAAGCGCCUGCACGACGACUGCCUGCGUUGAGUCCAAAUCCGGUACAUGUACGUCCAUUGCAACGCUUCAGCGAGUUUGACCGCGAAUUGGCGCUAUUGGAGGAGGAGAACUACUGGCCAGUGGUGCCGGUCGUGCAGAUACUACCAAUAAACUUGCCGCCACAACUGCCCGAGCCGUCACUGGAUGAAUUGCUGCGUCGAGUCACUGGUCGCAAUGAUUUGCAUAAUGUGGACAUUGUGCGCCUACGCGUCAUCUCAUAUAGCAUCAGUUUGGCAAGCUUGCCGCUCUUCCUGCCACGCCUACAGCAUCUCGACUUGAGCGGCAGUGUGCUUUGCUCGUUGCGUGAUCUCGGUUAUGGUCUCCUACACCUGAGCUAUUUGAAUGUGAGUAAUUGUGGACUGAAUAGUUUUGACGGCACUAGUGGACUGCCAGCUGUGCGUGUAAUCAUCGCUGAUGGCAACAUGAUACAGCGUGUGGACCCACUCACCGAUUUGGUGUUACUGCAGCGACUGAGCGUGCGAAAUAACCGCAUCAGUGAUUUGGGCUUACUCACUUUCUUAGGACUUUGCCCUAAUUUGUUGGAAUUAGAGUUGCAAGGCAAUUCCGUUAUACACAAUCCACUCUAUCGCAGCACCUUGCAACGCAGCGUGCCCACAUUGCGUGUAUUGGAUGGCAUACCGCUGGGCGCCUCGUCUGCGGCCGCACAAGCCACAGUAACCAUUGCAGCCGCUGGCGGAAACUCUUCAACGGAUGGCGAGGUGUCAUCGCUUUCGAGUGAGUUGUACUCUGACUCCUCACGUGCCGAAUCGAACGCGUCGUCGUUGGCGGGUGUGCCUGGCGCGACGCAUAGGCCUGCAACGGCUCCUCAGCCUGCAGCGAGUGAAGGCAACGUUUACGUACAGUCGCCAAGACCGGCCUCAGUCGCCCACACAGCCGAGUUACGCCGCAGCUCACUUACCAUGGGCGCGCCAGUCGUGGGCUCGGUUCUUAGUUUGGUGCGUCGUAAUCGGCGGCAGCGUCGCCAAGCUUGGUCCACGUCGUCACAUAGUUCCUCAUCGAAUUCAUCUCUGCAUUCUCCUUUGGAGCAUGAGUGUUCGGAAAAUCGUCUAUCUGCUUUACCACAACAGUUAUCUAGUGAUAGUAAUGACUAAGUGUGUAUUGGAUCCACGGAAAUAGUUUGGUGUAUAUUUUUUUAUGAAAAUUAAAUUAUAUAUCUUAACCAUUCGAACAUAAAUAUACUAGGAUUAUUUCUAAAACCGCCGCUUACUAGCUGUGA